CGACGUUCCAGGUGGAAAUGAACCAUAUCUUACGACCCCUGCUGGACGAGUGCGUGGUGGUGUACCUGGACGACAUUCUUAUCUACUCCAAGAAUAUGAAGGAGCACGUGGAGCAUCUGCGGAAGGUCUUCGAGAUCCUGCGGAAGAACAAGUUCUAUGUGAAGCUGUCGAAGAGCGACUUUGCCCUGAAGAAGGUGCAGUUUCUCGGGCACAUGGUGAGUGCCGAGGGCGUACACGUGGACCCGCGGAAAAUCGAAGCCGUUAAGAAGUGGAAAGUACCGGAGAACAUGAAGGAGUUGCAGCAGUUCCUAGGCUUCGCCAACUACUACAACAGGUUUGUGCUGCAGUACGCUAAGAUAGCAGCGCCACUGACCGACCUACUGAAAAAGGAUACGCCUUCAAAUGGGAUACUCCUCAUCAGCAAGCCAUGGAGAAGCUACAGACAGCACUGA